CUCCUUGCUUGUCUUUCCCAUCCGUCUCAAGCACAUUCACUACUUCCAUGCACCUUCGCCAUGUCGGAACCCUAUCAGCCUCGUCAAUUCGGCGAGAACGUUCGCAGACUUCGCGAUGAUAUUCGAAGGAUCGGGCGCGAACUUCUACCUCCCGAAGAUUUGGUGCCCGACUACACGAAGGAGCUUUCCAUGCGAGAACCGAUCCAAGUAACGAUACCCGCGCGUACCCCGUCGCCCCUGCAACCAGCAUUGCAACCUGUGCCCCAGUCUUCACCUCCCGGCGGCUCCAAAGAGCAGAAUGCUGAGGAGAUAUCCACGAAAGAUGAAGAAAAGGAUCAGCGUCGCAAGUCAAAUGGGUCGCAACAUGAAAUACUCACUGCCAUUCAACAGCGCAUCAAUCAUUUGGAGGAGCAAAACUCGUGGCCGGUGGCGCCCCGACAAACACAAGAAAUCACAUCCUUCAAGGACGCACUCGAGGUGCCCUUGCAAGUAGUGGGAUCAAAAGCGACGGACGUUGGGUCCUCGGCUACCACCACCCUGAUGCAGCACUUCUAUGACCACAUGAUCAUAGCCUACAAGAACUCAAGGGCUGAUAUCGAGGCAUUUUUUACUGCUAACCCUGAUGUCAUAUUUGAAAAGUUCCAGUCAAUGUCGGUCGAGGACCGAUGGCGAGCCUUUCCAAUGAUACAAGCUUACGUAUCCAAAGCCAGCAUACUGCGUACCGCUACAAAGACCACGAAUCCUCGUCACAAACCCAGGUUCUUUGCUGUUCUCGGCGGACCAGGCUCGGGGAAAUCCACCAUCUGCGCAACAUGGGCCAAGCUGGAUGGCGGCGUUAUGCACAUUGCUGUUGGAGACAUCUUGCGUAGCGAGGCAAAGCGACCCGACAGCCCGUAUGCCGAAGUCCUCAAAGCCAAUCUUGCAAAAGGCGCAAUCGGCGAUCCGGAGAUGACAGUCGGUCUCAUCAAGGACUACAUCCGCACAAGGAUACGCAGCGCAACCGGGCCUAUCCACACCUAUCUUCUCGACGGAUUUCCUCGUGCUGUUGCUUCAGCUCAAUACUUUGAGCGGACCGUCGGCCCCAUCAGCAAGGUCAUUGUCCUCGAUAUACCCGAGGCGACUCUCAUAGAUCGAUGUCUCCAGCGGAACCGGUCUGAUGACAAUCAUGAUCCCGUCCGAGAACGCAUUCGCGUUUACAACACCAAGUCAGCCGAGGUUAUCGCUGAUUAUGCGCUUCGUGGCAAAGUCUCCCUAUUGAGCGAGCCGUCUGACUGGCAAAUAAGGACUUGGGCAGGAUAUUGGAUCAUGAACUUGAAUCAUACAUUGUUCUAUAGCGUGGAUGUCGGCAAGGAUGUGAUUCUACGUGCUGUUGCCUGCGGGCUCCUCAUAUGGGAGCUCUGUGUCAUACGCGACGACUGCACCGAACUCAAUGCUCGUUGAGAGAGUUUGGGCUUUUCGUUGACGUGAGCUUGGCACAUCUACUGUGUGGAGGCCUGAUAUGGAGAAUGAAGGACACAUUUGGAGGAUGGAAUACAACAGCGAUGAGUUCGCGGUGGGUGGGCAUGAUUUCACGCGAUUGUGACUAGUGGUAGGGGCUCUUAAGGUUGACAAGAUGGGGAUGACUCAGACUCAGACGUUACAAGGUUAGAAGCAGAUACACCGAAACAUGAACAGGUUCUGAUGUCAAGAG